AUGGCCAAGAAAGAGCAAGCCAGGCAUCUCGCGCCCGCCUCGCGUACCGUCCACAGCGACGAAGACGAAGCCUUGUCGGCCCACUUCAGACUCCGCCCGCCAAGCUACUUCAAGUGCCGCGGCAUUGCCGCCGCGCUCUUCCUCAUCAUCGCCGUCGUCGCCCUCGCCCUCGUCUUCACCGUCUUCCACGUCAGGGACCCGAUCGUACAAAUGAACCGAGUCCAGAUCCCCCAGCUCGCCCAGCUGGUCUCGAACGGGACGGCGCUCGCCGGCACCAACAUCACCGCCGUCGCUGACGUCUCCGACGAGAACCCCAACGUCGCGUCCUUCCGGUACGGUGGCUCCGUGACGGAGAUAUCGUACGUUGGCGAGGUCAUCGGCGAGGGCAGGAUCCCGGCGGGGAGGGCGGCGGCGCGGCGGAUGCGGCGUGUGAACGUGACGGUGGAGGUGGUGCCAGCGAGGAUCGCGGCGGCGCCGAGGCUGAGCGGCAACCUGACCGCUGUGAACCUGACGAUGGAGAGGGGAUUUGAGCCCGAGAGAGAGAGAGAGAGGGGAUUGCUCUUUUAG